GCGAGAACCAAGCUUCAGCGUCUCCAGGGGCAACAGCAAUGGCGGUCCCCUCGUCCGAGCGGCUUUUCUCGCUGGAGCUGCUCGUAGAUUGGGUGCGUCUUGAAGCCGGGCUGCUGCCGCCGCCGCCGCGGCCCGUGGUCGAGGAGGAGGAGGAGCAAGAAGAGGAGGACGAGGAGGAGGAGGAGGCGUCGCCACCACGGCCGUCGCGCGACCUGUGCCCCGCAGUGGCCUUCCGCCUGCUGGACUUCCCCACCCUGCUGGUUUACCCUCCUGACGGCCCCGGCACUCCAGCCCCGGAACCCCGGCCUGGCCUGGUCAGCUUCGGUCGCGGCAAGUCCUGUCUCUUCCGCCUGCACCCCGUUACGCUGCACCGCCUGCUCCUUCGGACACCGCUUUACACCUUGCUGCUGCAGCUGCCUCCUGGGCGCCCGACUCCUGCCCCGCGACUCCUGGGUGCCUGUAGCAUCUCGCUGGCCGCCGCCGCCCACAAGGUCCUGGGACAGGCCGCCUCCGGCUGCUCCCAGAGUCAUCGAGGAAGUUUCCCUCUGCAUAACCAAGUCGGGGAGCGGAUUGGGGACAUUGCCCUGGGCUACCGCUUCACUGAUUUGGGAAGCAGCUUGUUGGGCCAUCUUGAGCGGCCAGUCGCUACCGCAGGAGGUGGGGUGGAGCGUGUAGAGGUCAGUUCCCAGACCCCACAGGAAACACAGCAGCCAGACUCAGAGCCAAGACCAAGAGAUGCUGAUAAGUCCCUUGUGAGUUUAAAAAUCCCAAAGGCACAGAAGGGUUUGAAGGAAAUAGCUUUCCAUAGUAAGCCCAACUGUAGUAACACGGUUUCUGUGGAGCAUGGCAAAACCAGCUCUGUUUGUUCAAAUUCUAGUGGGAUGAGAAGCGUUAGCCCCCCAUGUCAGGGAGUCACAGAGUUGGACAUUGAAGCCAACAUAUUUUGCCCUCCUCCUCUGUAUUACACUCAUUUGACCCAAGAAAAGAUGCCUCCUGUACAGGGUACAAUCACCAUUAAACCUCAAAUAAAUGCCCCUGAGGAAUUGGAUGGUAUUUCUCUGGGGGGAAAUCACGUAACUGUCCCAGCACAUACUGAUUCUCUGAAACAUGCUGGUUCUGGGACACAGGAGAGUCCUCCAAAGCUCAUAAAUCCUCCGCAUGUUCAGGAUAAAGGCGCAAGUGAUCAAACUGCAUAUCACGGGCAAACUGAACAAAGUAGAAUUAACACGAUAAGGCAGCUGCCUUUGUUAAACGCUUUGUUGGUUGAGUUGUCCUUGUUAUAUAACCAACCUGUGGCAAGCCCCCCUCAAAUACAUCCUCACUUAGCCUGGUUAUAUAGAACUGAGGGUAAGAAGUCACCAGAGUCAUCUGCCAAAUGCACAUGUAAAUCUGAAUCUAAGAAGGGUAAGCUUUCUGUGGGGGAAAGUGACAAGUCAGUGAAUCUUCAGUAUAAAAAGAACCAAGGUGAAAAUCUCAAAAAAGAGAAAUAUUUUGAAAAGAACAGUGGAAACCCUCCCAAAAGAGUUCCAAGGGGGAGGCUGCUUUAUGGUUUAACAAAUACACUUAAACUACGUUUAAAGCAAACAAACCCUGAUAUGUUGUUAGUGCAUGAAAAAAGAGAACAGUAUAGAAAAAUGCAAGCACAGAUGUUGGGUGCAAAACUCAGAUUUCCAUCAUCCAAAGUUAAAGUAUUCAGCUUUGCAGAACAACCUCAGAAGCCACAUCAACUGCCUAAAGAUAGGUGUUCGAAAUCAGAUGCAUCUUUUGCUGAGAACAGUGAUACCUCAAAGCAAAUCAGUGGUGGUUUUGAUGCUCCUAGCACAGGUAAAGAAACUAAGCUGAAAUGUGCAACUGAAAAGACAGAGUGUGGUGAACAUAGAACAAAUAAUGGUUUAUUGGAAGAAAUUCUACGUCCUUCAGAUUCCAUUGUCCCAGAAAGGUUUACUCAUGCAAGUAUUUUGGAAGGAGAAAUGGAAAGGAAAAUCCAAAGUCCGUGUCAGGUUGCAGUUCCUGACAGAAUUGUAGUAGAUAAAGAAAUAGAGGAUAAGCAGGUCAAAGUCACCGAUGAUGACAUUCUUACUGAUGAUAUGAGUGAAAAACCAAGUGGGAGUAGUUGCUCUGAAAGCAUCUCAGAACUAAAGUAUUCAGAUGACUUCACCAGUCCUUGCUUUUCCGAAGAUUUCCAUACCACCGAGGAUACUAGCAGAAUUUUACAAGCUUGUGAUAGCCAUUUAGCAGCAGAAAAUCCAAAACAUAAUCAAUACACAGGUAAGUCUAGUGAAACAAGACUGUCCAUAAGAAAAAACAGCAGCGAAAAGAGUUCUAUUCUUAGCCCACCUUUUUCAGCUGGCUCACCAGUACGCUCACAUAAAGGAUCUCAUAUUUCAAGGAUUCCAGAUAAAAGUUUGGAGGAAGAUUCUAGUAUCUCUACCAGUGAUUUGUCUGUAUCACAUUGGACUGAGGAAAAAGGAAACCAGGUAGAUCGAAACAGUGUGCAUAAUUCUAAAGUUACUAAACUUAAAACAAAAAUCGGUUGCAAGUCUUCAGAAAAAAGCCAGUCACCUCGGACAUCUCAAGUGAGUUCUUAUCUGCCAUCUAAUUUAUCAGAACUAGAACUUAAUGUCCUGGAUAGCAGCACACCAGAUCACUUUGAAGAAGAUGAUGACAUUGGUUCACUAAAUAUUUCCAAGCAAUGCAAAGAUAUUUGCGAAUUAGUGAUAAAUAAACUUCCAGGAUAUACAAUGUGAAAAUAUGUGCUUUUAAAAGACAUUUCAUUUUUUAGAACCUAUGUGUACUGUUAGUGAAACAAUUUUUAAUAAUUCUGUGCAUUAUUUUAGUACAUAAUUUGUGUGAAUAAUUCUUUUUAAGAAUUAUAAAUGUUAUUUUGAUGUCUAGAUGGUUUCUAUUUAACCAUAUUAAUCAUGAAAUCACCUUACAAUCUAGGUAAGAUUUAAGUUGUUUAAUCUUGUAAGAAUAAAAGUAUCUUUCUAAACUA